GCUAUAGGUUCAAGAAAUUUACAGGGCCAAGAGCGUGAAUUAUACAAAAUUCAGGCAAGAGGGUCAAGAAAUUUACAGAGCCUUGAUUCAAGAAAUUUACAGGGCCAUAAAGCCGUGAAUUUCAAAAUUCAGACUAGAGGUUCAAGAAAUUUACAGGGCCAAGAGCGUGAAUUAUACAAAAUUCAGGCAAGAGGGUCAAGAAAUUUACAGAGCCUAGGUUCAAGAAAUUUACGGGGCCAUAAAGCGUAA